CCCACGCGGGAGCGUCUGCAGUGGAUGGAAGACGGGGAGGGCAAGCUCCACCUCAUCGACGCCGUCGAGUACGAUGAGCCCUUGCCCAGAUGGGAUGGCGCCAAGGAAGUCACGCUCAAACUCUACACUCAGAGCAACCCAUCAUCAGCCCAGAAUAUCGUCGUCGGAGACGAUUCUUCAGCCCGCAACUUCAACCCCAACAACCCGACUCGUUUCGUUAUCCACGGAUGGGUGUCUUCAGCGACCACACUGAGAGAUAUUCGCAGAGCGUACAUCAACUCAGGAAAACAGUACAAUGUGGUCAUGGUUGACUGGUCUGGGACUGCUGCCUCGCUGUAUAACAUCGCUAAAGCCCGCACUGUGAGCGUCGGUGAAUACCUGGCUAAGGCCAUCAAGUAUUUGCAGUCGUCCAGAGGCCUUAAUCUCAAUGAUGUUUACAUCAUCGGGCACAGUCUGGGCGCCCACAUCGCAGGAAUUGCCGGAGACCGUCUUGGUAACGCCGCCGCCCAAGUUGUAGGAAUGGAUCCUGCCCUUCCAUUGUUCCUUACCACAUCCAAGUCUGACAAAUUGGAUCCAAGUGAUGCCAAGUUUGUUCAAGUUAUCCACACUAAUGGUGGUGGUCUUGGAUACCUGACAUCCCUUGGUACUGCUGAUUUCUUCCCCAACGGAGGCACAACACAGCCUGGUUGUGCUCUUGAUCUCACAGGAACUUGCAGUCACAACCGUUCAUAUGCACUUUAUGCUGAAUCCGUCACUUCAAGUAGGUUUGUAAGCAAACGGUGCAGUAGUUACACCAGCUACACCCUAGGACUUUGCAACCUUCGCGAAUCACAAAAUAUGGGAGAACCAGCCUCACACAGUUCCUCUGGAGACUACUAUCUGUCAACUCGUGCCCUGUCUCCUUACGCCCAAGGUUAAGCAGCAUUGUCCACACAUCAAGCGUGCACAUCAUUAUCACAUCCAUUCUGUCAUUUUGUACAACAGUUAUCUUUGUGCUGUAAUGUACUAUUCAUAUUUCAAUUCACAACAAAAUAUACAAAGAAAAUAUAUCUAAUACAAAUCUUUAUGUCAAAAAAAUGAAGGAAAAAAUAAACAGUUUGGUUAGAACAGUUUAGUGAAACAACAUGCAAUUUCAUUGCUCACAAUGCAUUUUAUGUUCCUGAAAUAUUAUCAGGAGCAUAGCUUGUAUUCAUUCAGCAAUGUUGAAAUUUCUGUCAAAUAUAAACAUUAAUUGAAUUAAUGCCAAAGCAAAUAAAAUAUUUUUCA